AUGAGGAUGACUAGGAGAAGAACAAAAUCAAUUUGUAAGUCAGAGGUAAUUCAGGAAUCUCAGUCUGAAGAGCUGGAACAUGCAGAAACCAAGUCAGAUGUCAACAAUAGCUUAGAGAUGGAAACAACUACAAAUGAGAACACAACGGUCCACUCAGCACGAUCAGUUGCUGAACCACAAGCUGAUGGGGAUGUGUCAGAAGCAGAAUCGAACUGCUCUGCUGUGUCUGGUCUUCAGACACCCUUGUUUGUAAGGGUGACAAGACGACGACAAAUUGUAGUUCCUUAUCAGCCAGAUUCUCCUGACAAAAAAAGACAUGACAAGACAGCUUUUCUGAGUAAGUUAAACAGGAUUCUGGAUGAAGAUGAUGUUUCUGAAGCUGAGUCUUGCUCCUCUGCUGUUUCUGGUGUUACUAGAACUAGAAGAAGCAGGCAAAGCAAAAAGAAAGUGCAGCCAGAUACAGUUCAUGAAGCCCAGAGUGAAGAUAUUUCUGAUGCAGACUCGUGCUGCUUAAGUUCCCAUAUGGAACCAUCCGUCACUAACAGACGAGUUACUAGGAGAAUGCAAAUCAAAUCAGAAGCAGAAAAUACUAAGCAGACUGAGAAAGGAAACAGAAUUGUUUCAGAAGAUGAGAAUUUAAUUGAGGAUACCAUUAAAUCUGAGCCAGUAAUCAUUUCUGAUUCUAGACCUGCUCCAGAACUUGUUUCUGACACAGAAGAUGCUUCCCCUGUCGCUGAGGGUAAUGAAGAACCCAGUUCACCUAAAAGCAAAUGUUCUUUCAAAUCUGCCAAUACAGCCGAGAGUGAAGAUGUGAAAGAAGAGUCUUUGAAUGAUGUGACACCCAACAGUCCUACACCAAUGAAACAAAGUGGCACGGAAUCACCUGAGAAAAUGGCAGUUAAAAAUACACAGUCUGUUGGGGUUGAUGAUUCAGAGGAACCUUGUGGCCAAAUACAAGAACACAGUAAAAUGCUGGUGAGGGUGAAAAAGUUAGAGCACAUGGAUUUGUGUGAUGGCGUGAGUCCCAAGCAAUUUUUAGAAUUCCAAGAGCAAAUAACACUAAAUAAAGGUAAAACAAAUCCAGAAUGUGAAAGAGCAGAUGCUGAGGCAGAUCCACAGCAGCCUUUCACCCAUGCUGAUAAUUUAGGAAAGGGUGAGCAAGCUACUGACGUGAGGAGCCCAGGAAGGGACGAAGCUGUUGCACAGAGAACCAACAGUAUUAGCGGAUGCGAGAUGCUUGAGAUCGGUGUGGACAGUGCUGAAGAUCAAGCAGGAGAAUGUGCUGAACCUGUAGCUCACUGCAGUGGAAUUUCAAGCAGUGGAAACAAUUCUCUUUCAUUGUUUCUGGCCGAAGAUGAAAGUGAUGAAUCUGAAGAUAGUGAUGUGGUAGACAUAGAUACAAUUGAAAAGAAUCUCUAUAAUAAAGAGGCAGAUAAGGGGACUCCUUCCCUCAGCAAAUCUUUAGAAACCAGUUCACUGCAUGUUGAAGGGCUUUUUGUAAUUGAUACCAAGCCUGGCAUGAGUUCUGACCAGAAGUAUUACCUGGAUCAGAUAGACCAAGGUAGUGAUGCUGGAAGUAAGCAUGAAGGAAGUGAAAAAGGUAAAGAAUUGUCAGAUCUGGAAGAGGUUGAAGAGGAAUUGAUAGAUGAAGAUGAGAAAGAUGAAGGUGAUGAUUUGUUGAAAAAUAAGACUGAUGUUUUACAUCUUUCCAGCAGCAUAGACCCUGGUUUGAAUAUCAAGAAGCUUGGAGGUUUAUAUAUUAGUUUUGAUGCAGAAAACCAGAAGCCUAAAUCAAGUGUAAUUAAACAACUGAAGGAGAAAAAGAAGGACCAGCUCUUGCAGAAGAGUGUAAUAACUCCAGAUUUUGAAAAAAAGGAAUGUGUCCCACCCUACAGGGAAUCACUUCACCAGCUAAAGAAACAGCGCAGGGCAGAGCGAGAGAAGACAACGGGUGAUGGUUGGUUUGGUAUGAAAGCCCCAGAAAUCACAGCUGAACUGAAGAAUGAUCUGAAAGUUUUGAAGAUGAGAGCUUCGUUGGACCCAAAGCAUUUUUAUAAGAAGAACGAUAGAGAUGGUCUACCCAAGUACUUCCAGGUUGGAACUGUGGUUGAUUCUCCUAUAGACUUUUACCAUAGUCGAAUCCCUAAGAAGCAAAGGAAGAGAACGAUUGUUGAGGAGCUGCUGGCAGAUUCUGAGUUCAGAAGAUAUAAUAAAAAGAAGUAUCAGGAGAUCAUGAGUGAAAGAGCAGCUUUUGCAGCAGGGAAGAGGAAUCGGAAAAAGAAGAAAUUUCACAAUUAA